AUGCCUGCCUCGUUCGGUGGUAUAAAGCCGUACGGACCGGAGGACGAAUUGCGUGAUUUGUUGCAUAUGGUGGCGAGUUCGGAGCUCACGAUUCCGAGUGAUGUGGACCCUUCGAAGCCGCUUUCAAGAGAUGUGUAUUCGGUUGAUCUGGGGAAUGUAGCUUGGUUGCAGGAAGUACAAGCGGAUCCUCCUGUGAUUGUAUUCAGCAAGACAUAUUGCAAAUUUUCGGCGGCCGCUAAAGACCUCCUCAAGACAUACGAUCUUUCACCUCCGCCAAAAGUCGUAGAAGUGGACUUGCGAAGUGACUCAGACCAACUCAAAGCCAUCCUCACACGCUUAACGUCACAUUCAACAUUCCCCAACAUCUUCAUCGAUGGCGAAUCCAUCGGCGGGUUCGAUGACCUUUCAAAAUUAAACAAGAACGGUGAACUUGUAACGUUACUUUCAAAUGCGGGAGUGAGCAGCAACGUGAAUGGGGAAAGUGAAGCUCCUUCACCAAAGGACGAGUGA